GUACAUGACUCUACGACUCACACUAACAACAGUGAAUACUGUAUCAGCAUUAACAAGUUAUUUGUGUAUUAUGCAAGAUAACCCGAAUGAUGACAGUGUCUAAGAAAACCUACGAUUUGCUGUUUAGACUUAUACUCGUUGGAGACUCUUGUGUAGGAAAGUCGUCCAUCUUGUUAAGGUUUUCAGAAGACAUCUUUCCUACGUUUAUAUCAACGAUAGGUGUAGAUUUUAAAGUCAAAACAGUGGAGGUGAAUGGAAAGAAGAUUAAAUUACAAAUAUGGGACACAGCAGGUGGGGAAAGGUUCCACACAAUUGUUCAUACUUAUUACAGAGGCAAAAAUGGGAUUAUGCUGGUUUAUGACAUCACAGAUGAGAAGACAUUUGAGCACAUUACUGGCAAUUGGCUAAGGAAUGUUCUGGAACAUGCAAAUGAAGAUGUCAUAUUGAUGUUGCUUGGAAACAAAUGCGACCUGGAUGACCAACGGAUGGUGAGCAAGGAGAGGGGAGAAUCGUUUGCACAAGAGAAUGGCCUUAAGUUUCUUGAGACAAGUGCAAAGACAAACAUCAAUGUAGAGACUGCUGUCAUGACAUUGGUGGAAGACAUUCUUGAAAAAUAUCCAGAGUCUGGCCAAGCAUCAAACAAUGUUGACCCCGCCAAAAACAAGAAUAUUGAAAAGAGUAUAUGUUUUUGUUAAAGAUGCACUAUCUUCUAGACACAAUUUGGGGUGGUGGGGGGGAAAUCAAAAUUUAAAUUUUGAAUAGAUCAUUUAAAUGGAUAAAAAUUGUCGGUGUGGAUCCAGAGAUGUCCAAAGAGAGGCGAUCAAGAGACAACAAAUACCCUAGGAGGUCCAGGCAUUCCCCAUCAACAUUUUUGUUUCUAGACGCCCGGAUAUAACCUCUGAGGCAUUUUGGGCUAACAAUAAUAUCUUUUUCUUUCUUUCUUUUUCUACUUAUUUUUUACUUUCCAAAGGAGGUGGGGUUGGGGGCACUCCCAAAAGUGCCCUUUUAUGUUAUUAACUUCCAACCAGAAACAGAUUAAUAAAUUUAGUUUUCACUAAUUUACAAGCAUACUAGAAAAUUUUUUAAAAGUUAACCUGCUAAUUUAAGGGUCUAUACAAAAGAAGGGAAGAAAUGUAUUAUUUAAUAACUGUCUGUUAAUUGAUGGGGAAUUUUUUUUCCUUAUUCAAAUAUAAGUUAACUCGCAUAUAU